ACAGGAAUGGACAGAGAGGGGAUCCGUGGACAGACAGACGGGUCUGUGGACAGACGGACAGAGGGAUGGAUGGACAGAUGGGGGAUCCACGAAUGGACAGACGGGUCUGUGGACCGACGGACAGAGGGAUGGACGGACAGAUGGGGGAUCCAUGGACGGACAGACGGACACAGGGACGGACAGACGGACAGGGGAUGCAUGGACAGACGGACACAGGGAUGGACGGAGAGACGGGGGAUCCGUGGACAGACAGACGGGUCUGUGGACAGACGGACACAGGGAUGGACGGAGAGAUGGGGGAUCCGUGGACAGACAGACGGGUCUGUGGACAGACGGACAGAGGGAUGGACGGACAGACGGGGGACCCGCGGAUGGACAGACGGACACAGGGAUGGACAGACAGGGGAUCCGUGGACAGACAGACGGGUCUGUGGACAGACGGACACAGGGAUGGACGGAGAGAUGGGGGAUCCGUGGACAGACAGACGGGUCUGUGGACAGACGGACAGAGGGAUGGAUGGACAGAUGGGGGAUCCACGAAUGGACAGACGGGUCUGUGGACCGACGGACAGAGGGAUGGACGGACAGAUGGGGGAUCCAUGGACGGACAGACGGACACAGGGACGGACAGACGGACAGGGGAUGCAUGGACAGACGGACACAGGGAUGGACGGAGAGACGGGGGAUCCGCGGACAGACAGAGGGACACAGGGAUGGACAGACAGACAGACAGACAGACACAGGGAUGGACAGACAGACGGGUCUGUGGACAGACGGACAGAGGGAUGGACAGACAGACAGGGGAUCCGUGGACAGACAGACGGGUCUGUGGACAGACGGACACAGGGAUGGACGGAGAGAUGAGGGAUCUGUGGACAGACAGACGGGUCUGUGGACGGAUGGACACAGGGAUGGACAGAUUCACAGACCAAUGAACAGACUGAUGGGUCCAUGGACAGACCUAGGUAUGGUCAGAUUCUUGACACUUUGCUGGACAGACAGACAGAGGGAAGGGUCCAUGGAAGGAUUGAUAGCAGAAUGGAGGAAUACAUAGAUGGAUGGACGGACCUUGGUCUUGAGUGGGUUGUGCAGGCCCCUACCAGAGCCACCCCCCUCAUUCCCCCACACCACAGCCCCCAUGAGCAUCCGCACCCCCUCCUGGUGUGCAGCCCAGGCCAGCACUAGCCACAUCCUCACCCCAGUGUGAACAUAAUGGCGCAGUGUCCUGGCGACAUCUUAGCAUUCAGCGGCUUCAGUUGGGAAACUGGACCCCAUUGUGCCAGGCACUGCACCCACACACAGGGUCACUAGUACUGUGGGAAGGUGUGGGGCCCAGCCCCGUUGUGCAGGGUGCUGCACACAUACACACUGAAAAGUCAGUCCCCGCCCCAAGAGCCUGCGUUCCUGUAACUCUCUCCUAACUUGGAUGUGUUUAGUUGUGUGCCAUACAAACAGCUGUCAUUCCAUCCCAGUGGUGGCUAGGGAUUGGGGAUGAUUCCUCCAUAUCUGCAAAGUGCUGCAGGAUCGAUAAAGGCAAGAUGAUGACAACGAUUAUUCCUUCUCACAGCAAUUGUGCUGUUGCAGCAUCCAGUAAUGCAGCUCUCUGCUGGCUUCUCUGAGAAGCUCUUCCAGUGAGUGGCUGUUCUGCUCUUGACUUUAAGGCUGCAUGCUCAUCUCAGAUGUGGGAGAGUACAAGCCAUCUACAGCCCGAAUGCAAGAGAAGAGACAAGCGCCUGCAGGGAGAGUUCUCAUUUCAGUUCAGGGACUACUGCAGGCCACCAUCCCUUCCUGAAGCUUCCCCAGCCAUCCACACUCAACAGAGCCACUUGCCGGUUUUUACAGUUACCUACUCCCUUCCCAGACUUGGUGAGGGACACUCAGAUAUUUUGGUUGUGCAGAGUGGGAUGACCACGCUCUGCUGGGGAAGAUUACUGAGGCACAAAGAGCAGAUCACUGAUGAAAAUAUUGAAAAGCAUCAAGCCUUCUUUGUGCCAUUUGUUCUACUGCUUCUACUCCUCCAGUCCAACAGUCUAUUUACUGAUGUGUGUCAGCCUUCUUCAAACACAUAAUGGAAGCAAGCAUGCCAUAAAGAUAUCCAGCUCAGAUCUCUCCAACUCUCCCAUUUCCUGCUCAGUCAAGCCGCAAGAAGUGGAAACUAGAGAUGGCAUAUCCAUCUCCACAAUCCAUUACUACUUAAGUCUCUUACAAAAUGACUGCAUGACUGAUUUCAAAUAAAGAAUUCCUGAAAUGCAUCCAUCCAUACUCUGCUAAGGGUUACUACUUAGGGACACACUCCAGUUCAGUUUAAUCAAAUGUAAGUUUUGAUGGAGGAGCUUUCUGGUGAGGUUUUAGCUACAAUAUUGCGUAUUUAGAAAUCUAUACUGAUUAAAGAAAAUGGCAAGAUGAUCACAUUAUGGAAAUCAAUCUUAUUUUGAGAGGGUCAAAAAAGUUGUUUGUAAAACCAACUAGAUAUUCAAACAAAUUACACAGUAUAGUAGUAAGUGCAACAAACACAAAAGGUUAGAGAGAGCUAGUCACAAGAAUUAACCAUCUCUUUGCUCUGUUCUCAUUAGCAUGACCAGGAAUGCUGUUUUCUCCAAUGAGAUUUGAAAAGAAAAAUUAUCUGCCUUGCCAUCUCUGUCCCAGUCUAGUUCUCAGUUGUAAAAAGACAUUUCAGCUGGUGCAGCCUAAGGUCUAAAAAGUCACUCUUCUUACAUCAGAUAGGCCAAAGAGAUCUAGAUAAAUAAAAUAUAUCGCAAACAAGGACAAUUUAUCACCCAGCUCAGAAGGGAUGGCAAAAGGCUUCUGUUCAUAUAUAAUAUACAGCAGUAAUCAUGAAUAGAAUGAUUUGGAACAUGUUUUUAUUUCAAGUCAGCAAUAUUAAAUUAUCAGGCUUCUUUAAACUCUCCUUUCAUUUAUAGAAGGGAUGCUGAAUAUAUUCAGAUACUGACUUGGCCAUUUACUCAUUGGCUUUGUGAACUCAGACUGCAUAAAAAUAAAAUAAAGAGGAACUGCCAAUACUAAAUUCAGACCACAUAUGUAAGCAUGGAUGCAUGCAGGUGUGAAAGUAUGAAUGGCUUCUAGUUCCUCAAGCCAGUGUGUCAGGGUGUUUAAACAAGAAAGAAAAUCUUCAUUUUUAAAGAGAAGGUAUCAGACCACAACAUUUUUAUAAUUUAGAAUGAUCUAGUUGUUCACCGAAGGACUGGAAGCCAGCAGUUCUGAACAGCACUAAGCAGAUCACUUAAAAUCUUUCCUCAUCAGUAAUUUAAUCCCAGAAGAAAUUAAUAAACAUUCAGUGUUAAAACUC